AACUUCAAAUAAUUUAUCAUUUUGUUUGUGUCAAGUAAUUUCUUAAUCAUCCACUUGUUUUAUACAAGUGUAUAUAUGUAAUACUAGUAGGAACAAAGAGCUAGCUAUCAAAUAAAAACCUAUAAUAUGGAGAUUCCAUAUAAUAAUAAUUAUUACAACUUAAAUCUUGUAUUAUUUUCUUGUGCAAUUAUCUUAGUAUUGAUAUGGGCAUGGAGAAUCUUGAAUUGGGUUUGGUUCAAACCAAAAAUGUUGGAGAAAUGCUUAAGGCAACAAGGUUUCAAGGGAAAUUCUUACAAGUUUUUGUUUGGAGAUGUGAAAGAAAUGAUGAAAAUGGGAAAAGAAGCUUUAUCAAAGCCUAUUGAUUUCUCACAUGACAUGACUUGGCCUAGAGUCAUGCCUUUCUUCCACAAAACCAUCAAUAAUUAUGGUAAGAAUUGUUUUGGUUGGUAUGGUCCAAGACCAGCUGUGGUUAUAGUGGAUCCUGAACUUAUAAGAGAAGUGUUAUCAAAGAAUUACAUUUAUCAAAAGCCUCCUGGUAAUCCAUUAACUAGAUUGGCAGCAAAUGGGCUUGCUGGCUAUGAAGCUGAUAAAUGGGCCAAACAUAGAAGAAUUAUCAAUCCUGGUUUUCACCUUGACAAAUUAAAGCAUAUGCUUCCCGCGUUUCAAUUGACUUCUUCGGAGAUGUUAAACAAAUGGAAAGAAAUCAUCUCGAAAGAAGGAUCAGAGAUAGAUGUGUGGCCAUAUCUUCAAACUUUGACAAGUGAUGCAAUUUCUAGAACUGCAUUUGGUAGUAGUUAUGAAGAAGGAAAAAAGAUUUUUGAACUUCAAAAGGAACAAAUGGAACUACUUUUACAAGUAGCACGUUCAUUAUACAUCCCAGGAUGGAGGUUUGUACCAACAAAAACAAAUAGAAGGAUGAAACAAAUCUUUAAUGAAGUGGGAGCAUUAAUAUUAGGAAUCAUUAACAAAAGAAUAAAGAUGAUUGAAGAUGGAGAAAUACAUGAUGACUUGUUGAGUAUACUAUUAGCAUCAAAUUUACAAGAGAUCCAACAACAUGGACAUAAAAAAUUUGGUAUGAGUAUUGAUGAGGUCAUUGAAGAGUGUAAAUUGUUUUAUCUUGCUGGCCAAGAGACUACUUCAGCUUUACUUGUGUGGACAAUGAUUUUAUUGUCCAAAUAUCCUAUUUGGCAACAAAGAGCUAGACAAGAGGUUCUACAAGUGUUUGAAAGUGAUGAAUUUGACUAUGACAAGUUGAAUCACUUAAAAGUGGUGACUAUGAUAUUAAAUGAGGUUUUAAGGUUGUAUCCAUCAGCAUAUUUUAUUAAUAGAGUGGUGACUAAAGACACAAAGCUAGGAAAUUUGUGUUUACCCUCUGGGGUGCAACUUUUAUUGGGAACAAUUUUGUUGCAUCAUGAUACUGAAAUAUGGGGAGAUGAUGCAAUGGAGUUCAAUCCUGAGAGAUUUAGUGAUGGAGUAGCCAAAGCAACAAAAGGACAACUUGUGUUUUUUCCAUUUAGUUGGGGUCCAAGAAUAUGUAUUGGCCAAAACUUUGCUAUGUUAGAGGCAAAAAUGGCAAUAGCCAUGAUUCUCAAACACUACUCCUUUGAACUCUCUUCAUCUUAUGCUCAUGCUCCUCAUCCACUAUUGCUUCAACCUCAAUAUGGUGCUCAUUUGAUUUUGUACAAGUUGGAGAAAUGAUCAUUUGGAACUUAUUAUUAGAUUUAUAUCAUUGUAAUCAUCAGCUAUAUAUGAGUGAACAUGUUUUUCUUGUAAUAGAUCACACACUUCAGUCAAUAUAAUUAUGUUGGGUGGUUUUGAAUGCCAUUUGUUUAGAGAUAUUUCAAAAUAUAUGUAUUUUACCUCUAAAUUAAGAGUUUUGUUAUCUUUACAUUUAGAUGCAUAUACUUUUGCUAUCAGAUACACUAAAAUAGGAUAAGAGGCGAGCAAGAUGAGGAGAAAACGAGCGGGAGUUUGUUAUGUAUCCUAGAGAUACACACUAUAUACAUGUAUAUGUAUGUAUAUGAUGUGAUUCGCAUGUAUCUGUGAUACAUAGGAGAGUGGCGAGCAAGAUGAGAGAGAGGCGAGUGAGAUUUGUUAUGUAUAUGUAUAUUCACUUGGAUAUAGUGUAUCUUCAAAUAAAUGUAUCUGGACAUAUCUGAACACAUCCGUGAAAGUCACAAGGAAUUAACUCAAUGUUUAAAAAGGCUAAAACAAGUCCAGAAACUCAAGAAAAUCAACCAAGACCUCAACUAGACCUAAAAUCAUCACCCGAACCCAAGAGAACUCUUGAAAUUCUGAUCCAAGCACCAGAACCCCGAAUAUUGACCAAAGUCAAUCCAAAGGUCAAAUUUCAAAAAAAUCACAACUUAAGACCUCAAAUCAUAAAAAAGACUACAACUAUGAAACCAACAACUUUCGUAGAUUAGCAUUCACAUUUCAAAACUGAUGAAAUUCCAUUGCGAUACUUGAAACUCCAAAAGACACCGAAAAUCAUUUUUUUUAACAACUUAUAUUUUAAAACUCAAAAUCAACUUUCAAAACUCAACCAAAAACAAUUCAGGGUCGAUAUCAGAAGGGCCAAAAGAGUAAAUUCACAAAACUUUCCAAAACUGACCGACUAGGUUAUUGAAUGAAGAAUGAAAGAGGAAAAUCAUAAACAUAAAGUAUACUAAUAUUAUUAUAAUAAAGUACUCCACUCUUACACAAAACAAUAUAUAACUUCACUUAUACAUAACUACUAUUAUAUAUGUCAAUCCUUAUUAUACUCCUACUUACUUGAACUAUAUUAAAGAACAAUACAUGUAGGACAUA